GGAGAAGUUAAAAACAACACAGAGAGAAGCAGAAGAAGAAGAGGAUGUUGUUGUUAAAGGUGUUAAUUGCAGCACUGCCAUUGAUAGUGCAGGCUGCUUCUGGUGACACAUUUAUCAGAGAUGAUUUCCCUCCUGACUUUCUCUUCGGUGCAGCAACCUCUGCUUAUCAGGUUGAAGGUGCAGCUGAUGAAGAUGGGAGAACGCCAAGCAUAUUUGAUACCUUUGCUCACAAUGGCAACAUGACCAACGAACUCGCAGACAGAGCAUGCGACCAAUACCACAAAUACAAGGAAGAUGUGGAAAUAAUGGCCAAAAUGGGGUUAGACGCCUACAGAUUUUCCAUAUCGUGGUCAAGACUCAUUCCAAACGGAAGAGGACCAGUCAAUCCCAAGGGACUGGAGUAUUACAACAACCUCAUCAAUGAUCUCAUAAGAUAUGGUAUUCAGCCACAUGUUACAUUACAUCACAGUGACCUACCACAAGUUCUCGAGGAUGAAUAUGGAGGAUGGGUUAGUCGAAGAGUGGUGGAAGACUUUAAAGAAUUUGCAGAUGUGUGCUUCAGAGAGUUUGGAGAUAGAGUUAAAUAUUGGACCACUCUGAACGAAGCUAAUGUGUUUGUGAUUGGAGGCUACGACUGGGGAUUGCUACCACCUCAAAGAUGUUCUUCUUCCCCUGUAACCAAGUGCUCUAAGGGCAAUUCCUCAUCUGAGCCAUACCUGGCUGCUCAUAACUUAUUGUUAGCACAUGCAUCUGCUGUUACCUUGUACAGGACAAAGUACCAGGAGAAGCAGGGUGGACAUGUUGGAAUCAAUAUCUUUGCUUUCGAUUUUAUCCCUCUAACAAACACUUCAGAAGAUUUAAGCGCCUCUGAAAGGGCAAACAAGUUGAUUCUCGGUUGGUUUCUGAAUCCCAUAGUGUUUGGAGAUUAUCCUGACGAAAUGAGAAAGAACAUAGGCUCCAGACUUCCUUCAUUCACAAAAACUGAGUCAGAUCUAGUUAAGGGCUCCAUUGACUUCAUAGGAUUAAAUUUUUACUAUUCAUUAUACGCCCAAGACUAUCCCAGGAGCUUUCAGGGGGAAGACAGAGGCGUUAUGCAAGAUAUGGAAUUCAAAUAUAUUGAUAUUGUGGAUGAUCCAUCCGUCAUUGAGAUUCCAAUUACCCCUUCGGCAUUGAUAAGAGUGCUUGAUUUGUUGAAGAAUACUUAUGGGAAUCUCCCAGUUUACAUCCACGAAAAUGGUCAACAAACUGCGAGAAGUUGCUCGCCAGAAUCCUCAAUAAAUGACUGGUCAAGAGUGAAGUACUUCCAAGCAUACAUUGGACAAGUUCUUUGUUCGUUGAGGAAUGGAUCAAACGUGAGAGGCUAUUUUGCAUGGUCGUUAUUGGAUAUGUUUGAGUUACUUACUGGGUACGAAACCAGUUAUGGUCUAUAUUAUAUAGAUGUGAAUGAUCCCAAUUUGACAAGGCGACCUAAGCUCUCCGCUCAAUGGUACUCCAACUUUCUGCACGGAACUGUGAAAUGCGACAGCAUGGAUCAGAAGCUCACUGUGCAACUUGAGACGAAUGCGACUAUGGAAUCUCUUGCUGCAUAAUGCCCUACUACUUGAAAGUGAUAUGCAAAAAUUUCUGUUUGCAAA